CGGGGCCGCGGCCGCUUCGUCCUUGUCUGCUGGGCGUUGUCUUGCGGCCCCAGGCUCGCGUCACGCCGCCAAGGCAGCGGCAGAGAACAGUUUAUAAGGCGGCGCGUCCCUCCUCGGUCAUCAGUUCAGAUCAUCUUAAGCCACAGGAACAUGUCUCUCAAGGUCGCCCUGUUGUCCGCCCUCGUGGCCGCCGCCCUAGCCCGCCCCGACAACCCACCACCUUCUUACGGCCCCCCCGCUCCCUCCUACCACGCCCCCACGCCCACCUACCACGCCCCCUCCCCCGACGCGCCGCCCAAGUACGACUUCAACUACGCCGUCAAGGACGAAUACUCGAGUAACGACUUCGGUGCCCAGGAGGCCCGCGACGGCUACAACACCCAGGGAUCCUACUAUGUCCUCCUCCCCGACGGCCGCCUCCAGCGAGUCUCCUACACCGUCAGUGGUGACUCCGGUUUCGUGGCCGACGUCACUUACGAGGGCGAGGCCCAGUACCCCCAGCAGAGCUACGGCGCCCCCGCCCCAUCCUACGGCAAACCCGCCCCCUCCUACGGCACCCCCGCCCCUUCCUACGGCACCCCCGCCCCUUCCUACCAGUAAUGUCCAAGCAAAGCUACAGCCCCUCCUUGACCUCAUCCUAUGAAACCCAGACAGCUUCCUACAUAACCCAUGUCCCUCCAACGCCGCCCCGCCCCUUCUACGGGUCGGCUUUCAUCCUCCUGCUACCUGGCGACGCUGUUGUUUCAUCAGUGACGGCUAUUUAUUAAACGAUAUACGAUCUCUGUUUAGUAUUCCUUUACUCUCCAUGUUACUAAGGAAAACACAAAACACACGUCACGGCCACAAUCACACCACAUCAGGUGGAUUUUAAGGACGUGUCCGCAGUUGACUGACAAGACGCCUCGGCAGGAAUGUUGGCGGCACAGUGGAAUGCAGUUUAGUCUCGUCCAUACAAUUAUAAUCGCUUUUUGUUUAACUGCAGUAUGAUCCACUCAUCUGAUGAGCAAUAUGUUGCACGAAUAGCAAAUGUCCUUCAAAUUCAUUAUUUUUCAAACAACAUAAACUAACCAAUGAAAAUGCCUAAACCAUACUCAACAUUUUUUUAU